AUGCCUACCCCCAACCGCAGACUCGUUCCUUCUCUUGCUAGCACUGAUGUCCAGUUGCUACAAGCUUUGAAUGCGAUGAAAGAAGAGAAGAAGGCCAUGAAGGAUAAGAUCACAUUGAUGGAUACAAGAAUUGGUGUAGUGAUCACCAGUAACGCAAUCGCCAUUAAUGGCAUUGAUGCCUUGUCUGCCCUCACAGCACCUGCUCAUGUACCCACUAGUGUUGCAUCCACUUCUGCUGCCCUUCCCACCACCGAAUCAAGUGAUACUAACGCUGUAUUUGGAUACAUUCAUGGUUAUAUGUGGAACCCAAAGCUAAAAUCAAGAGAUCAGAAGUUUGCUGGCACUGAUAUGAGGACAUGCAACCUUUGUAAGUGUAUAUACACAAACUUCUGUAGUAGACGUUGCCACCAAAGGGAACUUCCAGAAACAAGACGAGCCUUGAAUACUAAUUCAAGAAGAUCUGGCUGUGAAACUGAUAACUACACCUGCCGUUGCCUUGCUUAUGAUGUUAACAAGGCUGACAUUGAUCUCAAGAUGGGUCGAAACUGCUCUGGUCUGAUCCAAAAGUUGGUAAUGUCUGAAGGCGAAUCAGAUGAUGAUAUGUCCCCCUCUCAGCCAAGAAAUAAGAUUCGUCUUAACAAAUUCAUUACGGAGGUUGACUCGUUUGUUGUUAAGCAAUUGGGUGCAAAUUCCCACCAACUGCUUAAAGGAGUUUAUGGUAGAACAGUGGAAUCAACAGUCCCAAUUGAUUUAGAUCUUGCUCUAUCUCAAUGGGCUCUUAAAUAUGGGUCAUAA